GUUAGAAGGCAAUCACCCUGCUGGGAAUAUAUAGAAAUAUAAGUACAAUUAAGUUUAAUAAAAAAGGCCAAGUGAGCUAGCUCAGCUAGAAUUCCAAUAUGCAAGACGAAGCAAGUCGUUCAAGCAACGAGAGUUUUAAACUUCUGUCUUGGAACAUCGAUGGUCUUGAUGAUGAAAAUCUUGUAGAACGAACCCAAGCAGUGGUUGCAGCCAUUCUUUCAAAAGUCCCUGAUGUUGUUCUUCUACAAGAAGUCGUGGAAAUGUCUUUAGGAAUUUUUCGAACGGAAUGCGCUGGGUAUGCUGUUUUGGCUGGUCGUCAAUCUGGUUACUUUAAUGCCAUUCUUGUACGAUCAAGCACCGUCAAUGUUGAAGAAUCCCAACUUGAGUCCUUUGUGUUCGAAUGUAGCGAAAAGGAUAGACACUUCCUUGCAUAUCCAGUGAAAUUUAAGGAAGCGCAUAUCACUCUGGUGACAUCACAUUUGGAAAGUAUGAACAAAAAAUCAGAGGAACGAAAAAAACAGUUUAAAGAAAUUCUAUUGUAUAUGAGAAGACGACCUAGUCGCGCCAACGUCGUAUUUGGCGGCGAUACAAAUUUGCGGGACAAAGAAGUCGCCGACGUUCAGGGCUUGCCAGAGGAGGUGUUCGACGUGUGGGAAUACUGUGGUUCCUCUCAGGAUGCGGAGUUCACGUGGGACAUGAGCGAAAACGACAACAUAGAUAUGAAUGGAGGUACGCCAAAGCUUAGAUUUGAUCGGAUCUUCUUACGAUCUGCGAAAAACGGCGAGGUUAAACUUAAUCCAAGCUCAUUUACCCUGAUUGGAAAAGAGAGGUUGCAAUGUGGUAGAUUCCCAAGCGAUCAUUGGGGAAUAUGGCUGGAAUUCAGCGUGGAAAAUGUUUAGCGUAAACUCCCAGCUGAAAAAAAACUUACUUCUUUUAGUUAAUAUUCACGAAGGACAAACUGAUCAUCAUAGCCUUCGAUAUCAACAAAUGUUUUGCUUUAUUAGUUUAUUUUACAGCGCGAUGUAACAUAAUUUUUAAUUAAACAUAAAUUGUCAGUAUCAGUCAUAAGAACUAAAAGCUUUAUACACUUUUUAUUAAACAAAAUUUAAUGGCAAGCAUGGAAUGAUUCCUUAGUUUUGUGUUGUUGUAAAGUUAUCAUCACUACAUGCAAUCUGGGAAGUUCAUUCAUGUUUUUCUGAGUUAACUAGGAUUAAACUAUGCAAGAUCUAGUUAAAGAGUUUUAUACAACACCGACCCAGGACCAAACGAUAAGCCAUGUCAAAGUUUGAGAAUCCUCUUCCAUUGAAAACUACACUAUUUACAAAUAGAAAUAGUU